AUGGACUACAUAAUCCAAGAUUUAAACGCAUAUAUUUCAAAGGACCAAUAUAAAUCAUUUUUGGUGGUGUCUAAUUCCUUGGAAAGGAUGAAUACAAGUUGGCAAUUUUUGUCGUUGAGACCAAAGGAAAAAAUCCUGGAAAACAAGAGGAAAUGGUGGAAAUACGCUUACUUAGCUCUUUUGGAGCAGCGCGUCAAACCCUACUCGUGGAGCCGAAUUAAAAAGGUCAGGAAGAAUUUUAAACAGUACGUGGAAACGUACAAAAAUAUCGUCUUGAAGCCUAACAAUACAGAGCCUAAUAACGUUACCAACACAUUCAAGGCCUCAAUCAAAAUAGAAGGGCUCAUUAUGGAAGGUGCGAACGCAGAAGAAUUAUUAUCACCAAUAGUUUCUUCGGAACAUCUUAGCGACAGCCCAGCGUAUUUCUUUAAAGCUGAAUUGGAAAAAAUGCCUGAAAAUUCCCUUUCUCCCUAUAAACUUGGCGUAGUCAUGGAUUCUGUUGAAAUUUUGUACAACAAGCAGUCUCUCACUGAGAUAACGAAAUUCUUUGAUCUCCAAAUUGAUACUCCGACAUUUUUAUACAAUUUUGUGGAGACACGACCUUCUAAAAUUGAAAACUUUUGCAGAAAUAAAUUAGAAGAAAGAUGGGAUUUGAGUUUGAAUAUUAAGGUGCCCUAUGUUGUUAUACCUGAGUCCGGAUGUUUCUUAAAGUAA